AUGGCGCACGCCACCAACUUCCUAAACAUGCUUCUCCACGCCAACACGUCCAGGGAGCAACAUAUCAAGAGGGACAUCCAGUGGUACCAUGCGCUGGUGAGGAGUAUGUUGGAAGGGAAUCCCAAAAUCCAUCGGGCAGUGGUCACCUUUCACACGGCGUCUCCAGAGGCGCACGGUCCGCAGUUAUUUCUACAGGCGACCAGAGCCGAGAACCAAAUCGUGCUUCAGGAUCUCUCCGGCAGCGCGCACCAUCGACUUAAAAACAGGACAUCUGAGUCCGAGUGGUACAACGAGUUUAGGGACCGAAAGGGAGCCCACUCUCUCAAAAGUAGAGGGCUUUUGGUAUCACAGGGCGGAUAUGUUUUGGACAAAAGUCAUGUGAAAUGGUCUGCGCCCUAUCUGGAGUGUGAACAUGGCAGUUUUGUGCCACACUGGCUGUUGACACUGUCUGCAGGUUUCUAUGGCUUGAAGAAUAACACAGCGCCAGAGUUUAGAGGAGUUGUACGUGUAGAUGUUAAUCUACAGGAUGUGGACAUUGACCAGUGCUCCAGCAGUGGCUGGUUCGCAGGCACUCAUCGCUGUAACUUGACAACUAUGGAGUGUAAGCCAGUUGUAGGCCAUGGAUUUGUGCUGGACAAGUACAAGUGUCAAUGCAAAUCAGGUUUUUACCAUCCAAGUCGAGUGGCUCUCAAUGGCUUCCCAAAAUCAGACCGGGGCUCAUACAGUGAUGAAUUCUGGGAAGUGCCUGAUAGAUGUCUGCCGUGCCAGGAAGGAUGUUUGUUCUGCACUGAUGACACACCAUGUCUGGCUCAAGAAGAUACUGCUCUCCGUCUGGCCAUGGUCUCCUUUCAAGGUUUCUGUAUGCUCCUGGACUUCAUCAGCAUGCUGGUUGUCUACCACUUUCGCCGCAACAAGAGAAUCAGAGCAUCUGGUCUUAUUCUUGUUGAAGCGAUACUUUCAGGAUCUGUACUUCUCUACGUUCCAGUUAUGAUACAGUACUUGAAUCCAAGUGUAUUUCGAUGCAUUCUCCUGAGAUGGGUUCGCCUGCUCGGCUUUGCUGUCGUUUACGGCACAGUGAUUCUGAAAUUAUACAGGGUUUUAAAAUUGUUCCUGUCACGCACGGCCCAACGGAUUCCCUACAUGACCAGCUGGAGAGUUCUGCGUCUGCUUGCCGUGAUUCUGCUUGUGGUUCUUUGGUUCCUAGUGGCCUGGACCUCAGCCGUAUGCCAGAGCCAUGACACCCAACGGGCCCUUGUUGACAGCGGGGUCACCCCAGAGGGCCUGCAGUUUAACAUGUGUCUGUUGAAUAGCUGGGACUACAUGAUGGCUGCCGCCGAGUUCCUCUUCCUGCUGUGGGGCGUCUAUCUGUGUUAUGCUGUAUGGACUGUGCCAUCCGCCUUUCAUGAGCCACGCUACUUGGCGGUCGCCAUUUAUAACGAACUCCUUAUCUCUGCAAUCUUCCACAUCAUUAGGUUCACUCUUGGGACUGGGCUGCAUCCAGACUGGAUGCUAAUGUUAUUUUUCGUCCAUGCACACUUGACAGUGACUGUUACAUUGGGUUUACUGCUUAUUCCAAAGUUCCUUUUCACUGGGACUCAUACACGGGAAGACAUUGCCACAGAGGCUUUUGAGGAUGAGCUGGAUAUGGGUCACUCAGGCUCUUGUCUGAACAGCAGCAUAACAUCUGCCUGGAGUGAGCACAGUCUGGACCCUGAGGACAUUAGGGAGGAACUUAAGAAGCUAUACGCCCAGUUAGAGAUCUAUAAAAGAAAGAAGAUGCUGGCCAAUAACCCUCACCUACAGAAAAAGCGCAGCUCCAAGAGGGGCCUUGGGCGGACGAUAAUGCGGCGAAUCACAGAAAUACCAGAGACUGUGAGUCGGCAAUACAGCAGAGAAGACAGGGACACCAAUGAGCAUGGAAGCAACAAAAGUACCUUGCGGAGAAAUCCUUUUGACCCAUCUCAUUCCGGCAAGUCUAGGGAAGAAUCUCUAAGGAUCAAGAUGUUCUCACUUAAGAGAUCUCAUAGCUAUGACCAUACACAUGACGAAGGUGGGGAAUCAAACAGGGUGUCUGAUGAUAAAAUAGACAAUUCAACCACUGAGACAUCGCUGCUUGACACCUUGAUGGGCCGGAGGUCUAACAAGAAGAACCCUGAUGUACCAAAAGUGGAGUUAGCUGAAUCUGCCGAGUCAGUGCCGUUAGUGUGCAAGUCUGUUAGUGCACAUAACCUGGCUGCAGACAAAAAGCCUGUACUUCUUCGAACUUCAAUGUUACAGAAAUCCCUGUCUGUGAUUGCUAGCGCCAGAGAGAAGACACUAGGAAUAGCGGGGAAGACGCACAGCGUUGAGGAUGCAAGUAAGAAGACUCAAAAAGGAAAAGACAGUACUGUACUUUCAGAAGUUGAGGAAUCCCCUGAAUGUUUUCCCAAAAUGAUCAUCAGCCAGUCGGUUGAGUACACCAAAACACCAAGUAAGAUGGGCAUCAUGAAGCAGCACGUGAGUGGCAGUCAGCCCUCCAUUUGUUCCGAGCCUGGAAGGAGCAAGGAUCUGUACGAUCUCUCUGAGAUUUGCCCUUGGGAAGUCGAGGAGCUACCGACUCCUUCUGAGGGGAAGGCUCAAAAGCACGUGUCCAUCGCCGUAACUGAAACUGACAACAUUCGGGCAAGCAGCCCAAAAAGUGGACGCUCUCAACACAAACAGAAAGGAGUUGGUCAAUCUCCUUUAGGCCGCCGUCACUCAAGAGAUAAGACUGGGGACAGCGAUGAAGUGAGGAAACCCAAAUCACCUCUCAACCUCACUUCCCACAAAGAUUCAAGUCCAUGGAACUUUGACAAUCAAUAUGUUCAAGAAACAGAGACUGCAGGACUGUCCCCUGAGAGAAUAAGACGCAAGAAAAGUGUUACACCGACAGAUGGAAAGCCUAAGACCAUACUUUCAGAUAUAUCCAAGUCCACGGGAAGCCUUUUGGAACCUCCAGCUCUCAUGGUGGAUAUUUGCCCUUGGGAAUACGAUCCACCUGUGUCCCCAAACCAAGACAAGACGUCCAGCCUCACACAUCAUUCAAAGAGACGGGAUUCUUGCUCAAAAAGAAAAGGAUUGUGCUCUUCUAAAGAUAAAGCAAAGGAUAAAGAGGAGGAUAAACGAAGGUACAACUGUCGGGAGCGGAGAAGCUCCUCAAGCAAACCCUCAGAGAAACGCCGCACAAGCCAGUCAUUAGAUAGUGACCAAGUAACCACAGUGGUGUCCGGAAGGAGAAGAAGCUCUACUAAAGAGACAGCGGUGAGCAGUGGUAAACAUGCAGAAGUACUACAUACUGAGACAUUGCCAAAUGAAAAACAGCCUCAAACAUCUGAGAACCACACAAAUCGAACACCAGCCGAUUAUCUCAACAUGGCUGAAGUCUGUCCAUGGGACUUUGAUGAUAAGCUGUCAGGGAAAAAUGCAUGA